GUUGUUAUAAAUAAUAUUUUUUUUAACUAUAUUUAAUUUAUAAACCAUUUUUUUAAUAAUAAAAAAAACUCUAGAAACAGUCGAAGCACGCUUGUAAAUUUAUCUAGUUUUCGUACGAAGAAGCACACAUUCAUUGAGAAAACAAAGAGAAAAAAACCAUUGAACAAGAGAGUGAGAGUGAGAGUGAGAGCGAGAGAGAGAGAGAUGUGGUGCCAAUCUUGCAGGGAGGAGUACGGCGAGGUGGACGCCGGCACCUGCAAGGAGUGCUACGAGGAAGCCAGCGAGACCGAGGAGGAGCUCAAGCGCGAGAUCGAUGACCUCAAAUCAAAGGUCGCCUUUCUUCGCCUUUCCCCUCCUUCUCUUGAUCUCAAUCCCUCCUCUUCUUCUUCUUCUUCCUCUUCCCCCUCUGCCCCUGACCUCCUCCUCCUUGCCUCCUCCCAUGCCCCCUCCUCCGCCCCCGCCGUCCCCGCCCACCGCGCCGUCCUUAUUAGCCGAUCUCCUGUUUUCAGAGCUAUGCUUGAAAGUGAGAUGGAAGAGAGCCGGAGUGGCAUGAUUAGAAUCUCUGAUGUCUCAUAUGAUGUUCUCCGUGCCUUUGUCAAUUACCUAUACACUGCAGAAAUUCUCCUUGAUGAGCAGAUGGCAUGCGAUUUACUGGUUUUGGCAGAGAAAUAUCAAGUCAAGUAUCUAAAGGCCUUUUGUGAGAAGUUCAUGACAUCGAAAGUAAAUAAUGAGAAUGCAAUCAUUAAUUAUGCUUUUGCUCAUCGACACAAUGCUAAACAACUACUUGAUGCUGCUCUUUCACUUAUCAUGGACAACAUGAGUACUUUGGUUGAAAGAAAUGAGUACAAGCAGCUUGUCGAAAAUGAUCCUCGGCUUGUUGUUGAGAUAUACGAAGCAUACCUCAAGAAACAAGUCAAUAUAGCACUCAAAAUUUAGAGAUGAGAGGUCAUUGGAAUGGAUAUGGAUACUUCAAAGUCUCUUUUGCAUUAUGAUACUGCAAUGUGAGAUCGAAAUGAGAAUACAAACAUAUCAACUGCUUUAAAGAAUUUAGUUUCUUUUUCUUUUUUCUCUUCUGUAGAUUUAAUAUCUGUUUGUUGUCAUUUUGUCGAAUGUAGUGUAGCUUGUUUGAGGUUGUUGUACUGGCCUCUUGUAUUUUACAGGCUUAUUCGUGAAUGUUGGAAACUCAGUUUUAAGUAAUUACGUUGCCCAUUUGAGUUGCAUUUAUUUGAUUUACAGGAAGGCUA